UUGGCAUUGUACGACGUGUUACUAAAAGAUUUUACUUUUAGUUGUAAUAUAAACUUUGUUAUCCUUCUUUAGCAGUCAUUUUCCUUCACACAACAGAAGGAUGAGUUGUUGCGAUGUUUACGUAAUAUUAAUAUGAUAUGUAAUGAAAAAUAUAAAAUCUAUGUAAAACAGAUAUAUACCAGAUUAAUUAAAUUUAAGGAAAUAUAUUAAAAAUUCUUAAAGAAUUAUUAAAGAUGGGUUCUGGACAGAGCACUCGCAGAUUGACUAUAUCCAAUGAAGAAGAAAUAGGAGUGAUUAAAGUAUCUAAUGCAGUUGUAGAACGAUUAGCUCAAGGAAGUAAAGUUUCCACUGAGACCGUUAAGGAUGUAAGCUCAUUUACUCCAACACAAUCAGCUAAUCCUACAGUUCCUUUAUCAUCAUCACAAACUGGAGAUGUACCUUCUGGAUAUCCAGUAUACUAUUAUCCAGAAUUAACAUUAUCUGCUCUUGAAAUGCAAAAUAAGAAAGAACAAGAACUUCAAGUUCAAAAUCAGUAUUGGCAAAGACGCUUGCAAAACAUGGAGAAAAAGCAUUUAAUGAUAGAUCGCAUUUUAGAAGAAGAAUAUAAAAGAACUGUUGAUGAAUUUUCUUCUGGUAAAGUAAUAGGACAAAAAAUGGAAGGUAAUCUCAGCGACGAACAGCUGUGUACUGCAGGAAAAGAAAAAGUACUAAAAUGCUAUCAAGAUAAUCCUAAGGAAAUACUUAAAUGUUCAGAUUUAGUAGAGGAAUUCUCUAACUGUGUUGAUCAACGUAGAGUAAAUUUAAUUACAACACGUUGUUAACACAGUAAAUUCUGUUAUUAGUUGUUUAAUAAAUUAUUGUGCUUUUGUAGAAUUUCCUGUUUUAUGAACAAUAAAUUACACUAUUCAUAAAUUCA